AUGGUCCCCAAUGAAGCCCACCAAUACAUGGGGAUUAUCCAAUUGCUUCUGCAUUUCAGAUGGACGUGGGUUGGGCUCUUUGUUAUGGAUGGUGAGAGGGGAGAAUGUUUCUUGCAGACUCUGGAGCCAUUGCUUUCCCAGAAUGGAAUCUGCUCAGCCUUCACAGAAAGGAUCCCAACACAAGCCGAUGUGCACACCAUGAGUGAUGAUAAACUCUCAAAUAUAUAUCUGCCUUUCACGGAUAGCAAUGUCAAUACAUUUAUCCUGUAUGGAGGCCCUAUGACUAUUCUGGGGUUGAUCAGUUUCAUGUUUCUGGGAGAUCCUGAAUGUAAAGGAAAAACAUGGAUUAUGACAGACCAGGUUGAUUUUGCUUUAACAGGUCUUCAAAGGAGUUUUAAUUUUCAAUUGUUCCAAGGCACCAUUUACUUCACAAUUCAUCAGAAUGAACCUUUAGGCUUCCAGCAGUUUCUUGAGACAAUAAAAAUUUGCUGGACCCAAGGAGAUGGUUUUCUCAAGGACUUCUGGGAGCAGGCAUUUGACUGCUCCUUUUUAAACCCCAGUGUGCCAGAAGAAGAUAAUAAAGCAUGUACAGGGGAGGAAAAGCUGGCGAGCCUACCUGCAGCUAUUUUUGAAAUGCACAUGACCAGCCACAGUUACAACAUCUAUAAAGCUGUCUAUGCUGUGGCACACAUUUUGCAUGCCAUGGACUCAUCUAGAUCCAACCACAGAACAAUGGUGGGAGGUAAAGCAAUUACAAUUCAAAAUCUCCAACCUUGGCAGCUCCACCCAUUUCUGCAAGGCAUUUCAUUUAAUAACUCUGCAGGAGAAAGAGUGUCUUUUAAUGAUGAAAGAGGUGGUGGAUUUGACAUAAUGAAUUUGGUUGCAUUGCCAAAUAACUCCUUCCUUCGGCUGAGAGUUGGAAAGAUGGAUCCCAAUGCUCUUGAUGGACAAGAAUUCAUCAUUGAUGAGGACAUCAUUGUGUGGCACAGAAACUUUAACCAGGUGCGUCCCCUUUCUGCAUGUAGUGCUUCCUGCCACCCUGGUUACCAGAAAAGAAAGAAGGAAGGGGAGAAACCUUGCUGCUAUGAUUGCAUCCCAUGUCCAGAAGGGAAGAUUUCAAACCAGAAGGACAUGGAUAACUGUUUCAAAUGUCCAGAAGAUCAACAUCCAAGUGAUGACAGAGAUGGGUGCAUCCCCAAAGUUAUAACCUUUUUGUCCUAUGAGGAACCUUUAGGGAUCAUGCUAGCUUCAGCUGCUAUUUCUUUUUCCUUGAUCACAGUGUCAGUGCUGGGAAUUUUUAUUAAGCACAGAGAUACACCAAUAGUCAAAGCCAACAACCGAGGCAUCACCUACACUCUCCUCGUCUCCCUCCUCUUCUGCUUCCUCAGUUCUUUGCUGUUUCUUGGACAACCUACAAAGGUGACUUGCUUUCUGCGACAAUCUGCUUUUAGCAUCACCUUCUCAGUGGCUGUUUCUUGCAUGUUGGCCAAAGCCAUCACUGUUAUUCUAGCUUUCAAGGCCAUCCAACCGAGUUCUAGCAUGAGAAAGUGGUUGGGGAAGAGAUUAGCCAACUGUGUUGUUUUUUCCUGUUUCCUUAUUCAAGUAGGGAUUUGUGGCAUAUGGUUUAGAACUUCUCUCCCAUUUCCAUAUUUGGACAUGCAGUCGCUGAAUGGAGAGAUCCUGAUAGCAUGCAAUAAAGGUUCAGACAUCAUGCAUUAUAUUACCCUGGGCUACAUAGAUUUUCUGUCCAUCAUUAGCUCUGUGGUGACCUUCCUAACUAGGAAGUUGCCAGACAGUUUCAAUGAGGCCAAGUUCAUCACCUUCAGUUUGUUCAUGUUCUGCAGUGUUUGGCUGUGUUUUGUUCCAGCCUACCUGAGCACCAGAGGGAAAUACAUGGUUGCUGUGGAGAUUUUCUCUAUUUUAGCCUCCAGUGCUGGGCUACUGAGUUGCAUCUUUUCCCCAAAAUGCUACAUUAUUCUCCUUAGGCCUGAGCUGAACAACAGGGAGCAGCUAAUAUGGAAAAAGAAAAUAAGAAUAUAA